GACAAUGCGUAUCCUGCGACAUUCCCACCCGAAUAACUGGGUUCCGAGCGCGUUUCGAUGAUCUGAGGGAUCAUCGAGCACUCGAUCGAGGCGGGGCCUGCCAGCGAGAGUCUCCCCAACCGCAUCGCCGGCAUGUGGAAAACCAGCGGGUAUCCUCUGAAUAUCUCCAGCAUCGCAGCGGAUGACAUUUUCAUAGGUUGGAAAGACUUUCUGGCAGUCAGUAACAAUAAAGUGAGCAACUUGAGAACAGGAAAAGUCGUAUCCGACGACACGGCUGCCGUCGAUGACUGCAGCCUGUCCCGAGACCAUUUUGCGAUCGUCAGGAGAGGAAAGUGCCGCAUUCAUGGUCUCUACGAUGGCUUCGAGCACGAGAUCGAAAAUUUGGAUGGCGUCCUGCAAAUAUCCAUGAUGGCUCAAGAUCGAUUGGCUCUGCGAACAGCCACCCAUGUGCUCAUAUACGACUACAAGAACUGUACAUCAAAGUCUUGGGAACUGCGAUGCUCGCGAAUAGCGGCGGGUCUCGGGCAUCUUGUCGCACUUUCGACAGAGGGAAAAGUGUUCGUGUACGGUGACGGUUCCCGGGGCCAACGAGGUUCGGGUGAUCUUUCGGCCGAUGAAGAACUCCGUCCUUUGGCUCACCUUGAAGAUUUAGAUAUCACGCAUGUGUCAGCUGGGGGAUGGCACUCGGCUGCUAUCUCCGAUCGAGGAUAUCUUUACCAAUGGGGCUGGAAUCAGCACGGGCAAUGCGGUGGACCGAGGGGCGAUUCGAGAAAUGUUGUGGGGCUGCCCGAGUUGAGGGAUGUUGGAAUCAGACUUAGGGACGUUCGGUGUGGUUCGCGGCACACGGUGGUUCUCACGGAUGAUGGAAGACUUCUCUCGUGGGGAUGGGAUGAUUUCGGGCAAUGCUCGAAAAUCGAUAGAACGUGCUGUUCUGGUUCGAGUAAGGGCAAAACUUUGGAAGCAGGCUUCUGGACGACUGCCUAUAAGCUCUGUGAGGUCUGCCGCGGAAGUUGAGGGAGCUUCGAUCGAGAUCUCGACUCGAAGCACGGCGAAGAUUCA